UAGGAACAGGAUCGAUGUCCUGGAACCAAACCUGGCGUCUCCACGCGUCGGUCAUCCGACGGCCCGUCCUGCUUGAUCUUUAAAAGACCGAGCCCCUACCGCUCAACCACUCAAAGGGCUCCAGGGUUUCUUCUCGCCUGGUAGAUAUAUGGGGCCGAAGCUGGAGUGAUUUUUUGCAGAUCGAAUGAGACCUCGCGGUUGAAUCGGGACCCGAGUGCGCCGGAGGAACUUCGAUGGUGUGUUUCUGCUUCCUGGUGGACCAGGAGAGGAAGGUGAGGCGGAGCAAACCGGUGGCGGGGACGUGCUCGCGGUGCGGCCGCGGGGCCAGCGUGGCUGACAUGAAGACGGCGACGCGGUUCUGUUACGUCCCGUUCUACUGGAAGUCCUGGAAGGCCGUCAUCUGCACCUUCUGCGGUGCGGUUCUCAAGUCUUAUAGAUGACUUCUGCGCGCAUGAUCUUGUGGCUCUUUUUUUCGUGUUUCGUUUUCUUUUCUUUUAUUGACGAAAAUAAUGUGUUUGUUCCUCUCAUAUAAGCAAGACAGAUUUAACAUGCGCGUUUUUAGGAAAUUGGGUGGGGAUUGGUUGUUUCAAAUAUCGAUCAGUAACAGAGGGAGGGGUUUGGAUAAGUGAAGGUGUGCUGAUGAGGUUCUUCUGCUGUUUUUAGCUGACUUUGCAAAUAGACUAAGUUAUGAACAGAUCCUUAUAUGAUAAUGAACAUUUUAUGAUGUUUUUUCUCCUCCUCCUCCUCCUCCUCCGUCGAGACUCUUUCUCCUAUGGUGGCGCAGGCCUUUCCCUUUUUUUUCUCCGAGCCCGUGUGUUCUUUCUCUUCCAUCUUUUAACCCCGUGAGCUGCACAUUAUUUUCUGUUCUUCGCGGCAGAUACCGCCGUGAAAAUUGCCAUGAGAGAAGGUAGAGAGUCGUGUCUAUCUUGUGAAAGUGGAGCUUUGGGGUGCACAUCAUGCGGAAGAGUGACGUACCCUCCUCCACAGAGCAUUCCGCGCCAUCACCAUUGCCGACAGAGAGUGAUGUUUUCUUUGGCCACCGACCAGAGAUUGAUUCCUGCGUGUUUUUGAUGCAUUGGUGCCGGUCCUAUAUAACCCAUGAUAUUAAUGAGAAUAGCCCUUGCGCAACCAA